AUGAACUCUGUACUCAUCUGUGGCUCCCGCAGAGGGGAGGCUCUGAGGACGCUGCGCAGAACGUUUGCUACUGCGAGCAAGCUCAGCGUGCCCUCAGCGGUGGAUCGGCCCACAGUGAGAGAACUCCUCGCAGCCAGCACGGCGCUGCCAUCGCUGCCGCCCGGAAAGUGCAUCGCAAGCCUGGCUGAAGUCACCAGCACUGCGAUCACAGAGAAGAAGGAGGAGGAUCUUCUGGAGAGCCCCGACUUCGUGGCGCUGCUCCAGCGAGUGGAGAGCCGCCUCUUCGGCUUCAGCGCCAACGAGGCCUACCUCCUGGUGUCAUGUUUGGCGCGGCUGAGCGCUGGAAAUGCGUCGGUCGCCCGAUUGCCGGGCGUGGCGGCAGUCAGUCGCAUCGUGCAGAUUUCGCUGGAGCAGCUUUCGGGGGAAUGGCAGGAGCUCAGCGACAUGGAGCUGGCGCACGCAGCGCAGCUGCUGAGCAACUUUGCUCGGGACGGUAUCGAGGUCGACUUCACCGGCCUUCGGCAAGUACUCCGUGCUCGUGCAGAUGGGAAGCGAUUGUCGUCCAGGGCCCUUUGCCUCGCCACUGCAGCGAUGGCGCAGGCUCCGCAACACUGCCUGGAGGAGCUAGCGAUCUCCUUGGCGGCGGUUGCAAGGUCAGAAGAUCGGCUCUCCCCAACACAGCUCAGCUCCCUAGCGCUCUGCUUGGUUCGGUUGGGUCAGUCUCAGGCCGGCCUGGUUGUGGAUGCGCUGCCGAGGCUUGCGGCCGUUGGCGAGGAGCUCUCAACGGAAGCGUUGUGUGCUGUCGUGGAGACGGCCGCGGUGCUGCGUGAGCGCGAGGUGCUUGAGCUUCUUCUGCGACGCUGCACAGAGGUGGCUCACGGCUUUCCGGCCGGAGCGGCCAUUCGCAUCCUGAAGUCCUACGCAGCUUGUGGUCUGCUCCCAGAGGAUUUGGCAUGGAUCCUACUCCUUCAGGUGGCCAAAGUGUCGCGCUCGACGUUGGGGGAACCUGUUGAGCAGGGCCUGCAUCAGGUGAUGCUCAGCUUGCUGCACGACCCUGCGGCAGCAGAUGCUCUCCGCACCAUACAUGCUAGCACGGACCUGUGGGAAGCAUGCUACAGGCCUGAGGACAUCGACCCGGAGCGAAGUUCUUGGGCAGUACCGACAGCUUUUGUGGAACAGCUCCAGGCCGACUUGAACCUGCGCGUGGAGCAGGACAUGCGCAUUGCAGACUUCUAUGUGCUGCCGCUGAUGCUGUACGGGCCAGAUGACUCCUGCGUGGCAUUGGACUUCGACACCACAUCACCGCCUUGGCUGCCAGAAGCCGAGCAGCCCAGGCGUCUCUUUCAGCUGCUGAAGCAAAGGCACCUGGCUCUUUGGAACAUUCCGCUCAUCUGGCUGAGGAGCUGCCCUCGGGCGAAGCUGGAGGAACAAGGCCCUUAUCUAGAGGCGGCCCUGCGACGAGCGCUAGUGGGCCCAAUGUCGUGA